CAACCCGGAAGUGCAAUUAGCUGGCGGCCUAGCCACGUGUUUGGUUGAGGCCGGGAGGUUGGUGUGGUGAUCUGUGAGGGAGCGAGAGAGAAGAUCCUGAGCAGACAUGGCAGUCCGCGCCUCCUUUGAGAAUAAUAAUGAGAUCGGUUGCUUCGCGAAAUUGACAAACACGUACUGUCUGGUGGCCGUAGGAGGCGCCGAGAACUUCUACAGUGUAUUUGAAGGGGAGCUUUCUGAGACCAUACCAGUUGUGCACGCGUCAAUAGCUGGAUGCAGAAUCAUUGGGAGACUGUGUGUAGGAAACCGAAACGGCCUUUUAGUUCCAAACAACACCACAGACCAAGAGCUCCAGCACAUCCGAAACAGUUUGCCGGACUCGGUCCGGAUCCAGAGAGUGGAGGAGCGCCUCUCGGCCUUAGGAAAUGUGAUGGCUUGUAACGACUAUGUGGCCCUGGUACACCCCGAUCUGGACCGGGAGACAGAGGAGAUCCUAGCAGAUGUUCUAAAAGUGGAAGUUUUCAGGCAAACUGUUGCUGAACAAGUUCUUGUUGGCAGUUAUUGUGCAUUUAGUAAUCAGGGGGGUUUGGUGCACCCCAAAACAUCGAUAGAAGACCAAGAUGAAUUGUCAUCACUACUUCAAGUCCCCCUUGUGGCUGGAACAGUGAAUCGAGGCAGUGAAGUGAUUGCAGCAGGAAUGGUUGUCAAUGACUGGUCUGCGUUCUGCGGCCUGGACACUACCAGUACAGAACUGUCGGUCAUAGAAAGCGUGUUCAAGCUAAGUGAUGCUCAGCCAAGCACUAUUGCCACAAACAUGAGAGACUCUCUUAUCGACAGUCUGACAUAAACUGUUCAGCCUUGAAUGUCUGGAGGAUCCGCUGCUUUUGAUGAAAUGGUGUGUGGUCGUUAAUAGAAGAGGAUCACUGCUGUGUAUUAGUCAAGCUGCUCCUGCUUCACCUACUAAAUGAUAUGUAGAACAGUUUAGCAGAAAGGUUUUUGUUAAAAAAAAUAUAUCUAUAUAUAUCAAGCAGUUAUAUAUUGCACUUAAACUUUUUCUGUUAAUGAAAUAAAAUGCAUUUUUGUAACCUAA